AUGGAAGAAUGCAAUGACAAUCCAGGUCCCGGGGCUUACUGCACUAGAGACAACUACACCACAUACACUGCACCGACGUACUCAAUUGGCCAGAGAUUCCGAGAAAAGAAUCGAGACGAUCAGCCAGGCCCGGGCGCAUACGACCCAAAGCUAGCUAGAGUAGGUCCCUCCUACACUCUGCCAGCAAGAUUUGGUAGCCACUCACGCGACACAAAUCCAGGCCCUGGCACAUACGCUGCCGAAAGUGGCUUCACAAACUAUUGCGCUCCAUCUUACAGCAUUGCAGCCAAGUUUGCAUGGAGCGAUGGCGGCCAGAACCCUGGUCCCGGAAGCUACGAUCCCAGAUCACGCCUCGGCGGACCAGCGUACAGCCUUGGAACACGGAUGCACGGCGCUUCAAAGCCAAGCACGCCGGGACCCGGAGCGUACAACAGCAGGUUGGCGCCGGGAGCGCCAUCCUACAGCAUCGCAGUGCGACCCAAGACGAGCGAGGGGAUAAACUUACCAGGUCCCGGAGCUUAUGAUCCAUCCCUCCAUUCUUCUGUGCCAGCUUACAGCUUGGCAAAGCGUUGUGGAACAGCACCGAGAGACGAGAAUCCAGGUCCUGGGUCAUACAAUCUUGACAGAAAUGACCGUGGGCCUUGUUACAGCUUGUCUAAAAAAUUUGCAGAAAGCUCAAGCGUCCGUAGCCCUGGUCCAGGGAUGUAUGAUCCCAACAAACGGUCUGGCGGGCCUGCGUACACUCUCGCAGCGAGACAAGCAAGUGGCUCACGGGACAACUAUCCUGGUCCUGGAGCUUAUCAAUACAAGGUUGGCUCCGGUGCGCCAUCUUAUAGCAUUGCCAGUAAAUUGAGAAUCGGGGAGAGGGAUAAGAAUCCCGGUCCGGGAAGUUAUGAGCCAAGGUUUGGAUCUGGAGCGCCGUCAUACAGCCUUGCAAUCAAGACGACAUCGAGAGGAGAGCAUUCCAACCCGGGACCUGGCGCGUAUGAGCCCAAUUUACACCAUUGCAUUCCCUCCUACAGCAUGGCGAAGAGGUUUGGGCACGGGAAAGAGGACAACAUUCCCGGCCCAGGGAGUUACAACGUGCGGACGAAGAUUGAGGGGCCGGCUUACAGCAUCCAGGGGCGUCACCCGAGGAAGUGUGUGAACCAGCACAAGACGUCGGUGGGGAAUUAUGGCUACCGCGACUGCAGAUAA